GAUUUGGGGGUAGGGAGGGGCCUGGGACCACACACCCUGUGAUUGGCCAAAGUCAGGUCCUGGGAAGUGAUUAGGAGUCUGGUGGUCUUGGAGGGUGAGGAGAGGGGGAAUUGGGAGGAGGCUGCUGAGGGACAUAGUCUGCUCCAUGUGGGAACCCUGGGGUGGGCCAGGAGGCUGAGGGUGAGGAGUUUUCUGUGAAAGGCUGUGGGGGCUCCUGAGAGCAGGGCCUCAUCCCACCCCUACCACAAUGGCACAGGGUGUUGUCCCCUACCUUCGAACAUUUCUCAGUGAACUGCUGAUGAUGCACCUGACCAUGGAGGAUUAUCUGGAGGGGGGAGAGAUCAAUCUCAGGAAAAGGAAUGCGGAAUAUGAAAUAAUGAGGGAGAUCCUGCUGCUCCAGGUGGCCGCAGAUAAUUACAACCUCAACCCCAACGAGCAAUUUGGGGCCUGGUUCCGAGACCUGGAGAGGCUCAGUGAGAAUGAGAGCUACAUCCUGUCCUGCCAGCUGGAGCCCCGAUCCUAGUCAGCCAGCAGAACUGGGAAGGCCCAGAAGAGCCAGCCAUCGUCAAGCUCAGGGGCGAGUGAGUGUCCGGGCUGGCAGUGCCACCUCUCCCUCAGCUGUGGGGACACAGCUGGGAUGCUUGGGGGUUCCAGGACCCCUGCUCUGAGGGGAAGGAGACCAUUGGGAGGCUCUUCCUGUGGUCCCCUGAAGGCCAGGGGAAGAGACAAUGAUCCCACCCAUCCCCCUGCCUUCUCUUCUCCAAGGCCCAUACAUAGUCAUUUGGAGGGGUGAUACUUAGUAAAUGCCAGAUUUAAAUAUUAUUAUAUUAAAGUCCUGUUGCUUUGAAA